AUGCUUCUUAGCUUAGGUUUUAUGCCAAUUAUUACCAAACCAACCAGAAUAACGGACCAAACGGUCACUCUUAUCGAUCAUAUAUACACAAAUACGCCCGAAAAGCUAAUUAAAUCUGGACUCUGCCUUGCUGAUAUUUCUGAUCAUCUACCAGUAUUCUUUACAAUGGCCAACACACUGCCUACAAAUAAUGAACCAAGGUUUUUUCGAGACUUUAGACAUUUAAAUGAAAAUGCGUUUCACCAAGAUUUACUUGCAGUUGACUUCAAAAGCUUGAUAUCAACUGAUGUUGAUGAAAGUGUAACUACUAUUGUAGACAACCUGAGCGCUAUCACAGACCGUCAUGCUCCUUUGCGCAAAACAUCAAAACGGCAACGAAAGCGUUUAGAAAGGCCUUGGAUUUCGAAAGCAAUCAUGCACUCAAUCAGACAAAGACACAAAUUAGUAAAGACUAAUUUAUACAGUACGGACCCAGAUCGAGCUCGAUCUAAAGGGGUGACGGUCAAGCUGGUCGAAAGUGAUGUCGUUUGAAGUUAUGUCGUCCAAAACCUGAUAAUAUCAGUUUUGUCGCCCAAAAUUCACAGAAACGUCGCCCGCAAUCCUCACUCAUGAAGCCUGAAAUUUCACCAAUCUCAACAUCCAACAUGUCCCUGGUAUUACCUCAAACUUAUCGCGCUUGUUUCGUCUCAUCAAAGUUAAAAAAAAAAGAAAUAUAUUCCAUAGUACUACUGAAUUAUCGUUAUUGCUUCGUCUGUUACGAACGCAGCGAAGGAAACAUGGAAAAACGGGCUUGCCAUGAUGUACUCGCUAACGGAAACACGUUUGCCUCUGUGUUUCUCGCAACGGGGUCUAGUAUUCUACAGUGUUUUUAGUUUACAUAAUCUUAUUUUUUUCGUCCUGUGAAGAACGAGAUAUAGUACAUGCAUGGAACGGUCAUCUAGAAAUGUUUAGCCUUCCUCAAACUAUAGAAAAUUCUAGGCAGUUUUUGUUUCUCCGAUUUACCUUCGUUCGUCUCAGCAUGGCUUAAAGAAAUAUAUUAAACUAAUUGAUUCAACUUCAUUUCUCUGUGCAUUACUGCUAACGAAUAUUCCGGUGGCAUAACUAUAAUUUUCAGGCGACAUAACUUCAGUGCCUCGCAUGCGAUAGCAGGCCUCUUUGCGAUUCCGGUCAACAGCCGACAGCCGGACUAGAGGAAUUGGUUUAGCUUGGUUUACACUGAUUUCGCGUUAAUUCCAGGCUAGACGACCAUUAAGUGGUAAUUUUCAAAUGGCUACGGUUACGAUCAAAUUCUAAAACAGUCUCAAUUGGUAUAUUUGGCUCACUAUGCUGAUUAAAUCCCCUGAAAACCCAACCCAUUUUUAUCAUCUUAGCAGUUUUAGUAAUCACGCGUGUUCAGCGUGUCUUACCCAAAUUGCACGCUAAGCGUGCGUGCACAUUCGCACACUCACCGUGGCAUAUGGCGCGCUACAAAAAAAAAAAGGGUCUAGCGUGUUAAAUUUACCCAAAACAAAGGCAAGUGUGUCCUUCUUGGUUUUUUCAAUUUAAUAUGUGCAUAUCCGUGAUCUACGGCACGCUAAGCGUGUCGUGUAAGCGUGUCGUGAGCGUGCUUUCACCUUUAGCAUCAAAUUCCUGUGGAGGGUCAGAUAUAGUAAUAAGUUGAAUAGGAUUAUACACGCAGCUAAAAAGAAUUAUUUUUCUCAACAAUUUGAACUGAACAAAGAAAACAUGAAAUGCACAUGGAAAUUAAUUAGCAAAGUAAAAAGAACAAAAAAAGAAAAUACUCAUCAUACAAUCAAGAAACUGCUGCGUGACAAUAGAAUGUAUAUAGACAAGCAGAGUAUUUGUGAUCAAUUAAACAGCCAUUUUAUAAAUGUUGGAAAUGGCCUAGGAGAUAAACUACCAAAACAUGACAUAGACCCUUCAGUGUAUUUAGAUAGAAUUAUGACACCAAGUGGUUUUAUGUUCCGUGGCAUCUGCCCUACUGAAGUAUAUGACAAAAUAAUGAGUUUGAAAGUAGACAAGUCGGCAUUAGAUAUUCCAACAGAACCAGAAAGGAAACCAUUAAAAAACGAUACUUUGAUUGACGGGUGAAUUCAUGAGUGAACACGAAGCUGUAAACGGUGGAUGCGAAAAAGUUAGAUCUUUACAGUAUCUUCAAACAUGGCAAAUGAUAGUUUUAAUCUUUUUGUAUCGAGUUUUGUAAUCUUUAGCAUCAACGGUUUAAAAGAAAACGCCGAAAAUUUAAAUUACUACCCAAUUCUGAGAAGAAAAGUAGAGCUUUGUUUGUUUCUGUCAACUCACCGUGAAUGAGAAAGUUUUCUUUGUCGCUUCUUGCAAAUGUUGUCAACAGCGGCUACGAUCAAGGUGAGCGUUGCUUAUCUCCAAUGUUCUUUGCCUUGUUAACUUGCUAGCACGUAAAAUUUUUGAAAAUAUUUUCCUUCCUCUUUUCUCCAUAAAUUAACUUCUAUUUAUAGGCAAAAUUGGUCUUGUGGGAAAAUCCCGAAAUCACAAAACAGUGACAAAGUGAUCUCGUUUUCCUCUGUAGUGGUAAACAUAGCUUCGAGCGGACAAAAAGUCAGCUACAGUAAACCACUUCACAAUAACACCAUGAAGUCUUUUCCUGCCUUCAAAGUCAUCAGCACUUAGAUAUUCUUGUAUUUUCAAAGAGGCUUUACUAUGAAACUUUGGCAAAACACCCAGUUCAGGACUGCGAUUUUGUUCUGCUUUAUAUUCACCGCCUAGCGCGGUGAAUAUAACGUCAUAGUCCGAGAUAGCUAACCAAUCAGAUUGCUUGAAUUACCAAGAUCACCGAGUGUGUAUAUACUAAACCCAUAUAUCUCUUACGCAAUAUUGGCAUGGGUGAGUGCAUACAAAACACAUAUUGAUAAGAUAGAAGCUAAGCAAAAUCAUUCUGCUAGGCUUAUUUUCUUUUUUAUUUCCUUUGCCACCAAUUAUGGUGAACACACAGAAAGUGCACUUCCCCUGCUAAAUUUAUUAGACGUUCUUACGAUACAUAAUGUUUAUCGAUUUCAGAUUCUAAAAUUCACGUACCUCUGGCAUAAACGCCUCCUGCCAAAGCUGUUCUCAAACUAUUUUCAAUAUGCCAGUAAUGUCCACAAAUACAAUACCAGAUAUGCAUCGAAACAGAAUCUUUACGUAAAAAAAGUGCGAACUAAUACGGGGAAACAAACAAUCGGAUAUGCUGCAUGUACCGUCUGGGACAAAAUUCCCUAA